AUGUCGUCAGGAGCGAUGAUGAGCAGCGGCUGCUCGUCCCCGUGCGAGGUGUCCUGUCCCCAGCCCUACGCGGACGCCUGGAACCAGCCCUGCGUCACCUCCUGCGGGGACUCGCGGGCCGUGGUCUACCCUCCACCCGUGGUCAUCACCUUCCCGGGGCCCAUCCUCAGCUCCUUUCCCCAGGAGAGCAUCGUGGGCACCUCCUUCCCAAUGGGGGCCAUGGGAUCUUCUGGGUCCGGGGGCUCCAUUGGGGGAUCCUACGGAGGGGGCAGCGGCUCCAUGGGAGGAAUUGGGGGAUCCAUUGGAGGUGGUUCCAUGGGUGGAUCCUACGGAGGCGGUUCCAUGGGUGGAAUUGGGGGAUCCUACGGAGGCGGUUCCAUGGGAGGAUCCUACGGAGGUGGUUCCAUGGGUGGAUCGUACGGAGGCGGUUCCAUGGGUGGAAUUGGGGGCUCCAUUGGCGGCGGCUCCAUGGGUGGAAUUGGGGGAUGCAUUGGAGGUGGUUCCAUGGGUGGCUCCUACGGAGGGAGCAGAUCCUUUGGCUCCGGGGGCUCCUACGGGGGGAGCAGAUCCUUUGGGGGCAGAAGAUCCUUUGGGGGCUCCUCGGGUGGCGGCUUUGGGGGCUCCUGCGGCGGGGGCAGCUCCUUUGGGGGCGGCUCCUGCGGAGGGGGAUCCUACGGAGGGGGCAGCUCCAGCUCCAGGAGGUUCGGAGGAGGAAACUGCGGCUUCUAUUAA